ACAAACAUUACUUUAAACGACACCUUUUAACACACACCGAUUCUAAAGAUUUCAAAUGUGGUAAUUGUGAUUACGAGACAAAUAAUAAAUACUGCUUUAAACAACACCUUUUAAAACAUAAGGAUACGAAACAGUUUAAAUGUGGUAAGUGUGAUUACGAGACAAACGAUAAGUACUGCUUUAAACGACACCUUUUAACACACACCGAUUCUAAAAUGUUUAAAUGUGUUAAUUGUGAUUACAAGACAAAUGACAAAUACUGCUUUAAUAGACACCUUUUAAAACAUAAUUAGUUUUUAAUAAUUUUACAUGUCCUCAUUGUGAGUAUGAAACUACAAACACAUACAGUUCUUACAAUUAGGUAUGAUGAUUAGACAGCAGCCCUGUGGAUGGGAUGGGACGGGAUCUAACAUACCAUAAGAGCACUAUGAUAUCUAUUUUAUCUCUUGUUCCAAGAUUGACAAAAUUGAUAAGAGAAGUAUGUGGAAUUCAAGACCAACAAUGUAUAAGUAAUAAACAAUAGAUCAAUUAGCAAUAAUAAAUAACAAGCAUCAAAAUCAUGGUAAAUCAACGCAGGAAUAAUACUAUGGGUGUAGCUUAUGUUUCGUAUCUUUCACAAACUAAGUAUAUUAGAAUGAAGAACAAAAUAUACGUAUUUUAUGUGUUUUAUACAUUUGAGUAAUAAAGGUGGUUUCAAAGCUCUCCGUUCAUACGUUUCCGUUAGCCAAUCGGAAGGCAGUAAAUUUUUAAAUGGUACGUCGUCCAUCUACGGAAAACUAUGAACCCACCUUUAGAGGUAUUCCAGUUAAAACGUAGCCUAACUUACCCUUGCCGGUACUUGAGCUACCGCCAAAACUGUAUAGGUCGGCACUUUUCAUAAACUUAAAAACAUUUGUAUUGUUUAAUACCAAACUGUGUUAUAGAUAAACAAAAACAUAAUUGUUAACACAUUUCUGGAUAAAGUUAUUGAUGGUAGAUAUGGACGGAAAUGAUGUCCUAGCAGCCGUUAAAAUCGAACCAAGACAAGAAGAAGAAUUCGAUUCCGAUCUCCAAGAAAACAUUUUAGUAAGCAACGAAGCAUUGGUUACAAUAAAGGACGAAAUUACCAUCACUGCACAGUGCUCCAAAUCGUGUGAUAAUGAAGAUCUUGGAUGGAAAACUGAAACUCAAAUUUCCAAUGAUUUUGAAUGCGACUCCCAUCACCACACAACAAAGGGUAAGCUGCAAGUUAAGCAUCUUUUAAAGCGUAAGGUUUCGGAAGUCUUUAACUGUGCUCUUUGUGAUUAUAGCACAAACCAUAAACGAUAUCUUAAAGGACACAUUUUAAAACAUAUCGAUUCUAAAGAUUUCAAAUGUGCUCAUUGUGAUUAUGGAACAAAGAAUAAACAACUGUUUCAACGGCACAUUUUAGUACACAAACGUAAUGUGCUCCAAUGCGUUAAUUGUGAUUACAAGACACGUAACAAAUAUUACUUUGAAAAACACGUAUUAAAACAUAGAGAUCGUAAAGUUUUUAAAUGUGUUCAUUGCGAUUAUGGAACAAAUAAUAAACAAUGUCUUACACGACACCUUUUAAAACAUAUCGAUUCUAAACAUUUUAAAUGUGCUCAUUGUGAUUACCAGACGUUCGAUAAAUACUGCUUUAAACGACAUCUUUUAAACCACAUCGAUUCUAAAAAGUUUAAAUGUGCUAAUUGUGAUUACAAGACAAAUGUAAAAUCCUACUAUAAACGACACAUUAUAAAACAUACCAUCCCUAAAGAUUUUAAAUGUGUUAAUUGUGAUUACAAGACGUACGAUAAAUACUGCUUUAAACGACACAUUUUAAAACAUACCAAAUUUAAAGAGUUUAAAUGUGCUCAUUGUGAUUACGAGACAAGUAACAAAUAUCACUUUAAAGAUCACCUUGUAACACAUACCGAUUCUACAAUUUUUAAAUGUGCUAAUUGUGAUUACAAAACAAAUGUUAACGCCUACUAUAAACGACACCUUUUAAAACAUACCGAUCCUAUAGGGUUUAAAUGUGCUAAUUGUAAUUACAAGACCAAUGUUAAAUCCUACUAUAAACAACACCUUUUACAACACAUGGAUCCGAAUGAGUUUAAAUGUGUUAAUUGUGAUUACAAAACAAGUAACAAAUACUACUUUAAAAGACACCUUUUAAAACAUACUGUUUCUAAAGAUUUUAAGUGUGCUCAUUGUGUUUACGAGACAAGUAACAAGUACCACUUUCAAGAUCACCUUUUGAUACAUGCCGAUUCUAAAGAUUUUAAAUGUGCUCAUUACACCGAUUCUAAAGAUUUCAAAUGUGCUCAUUGUGAUUAUGGAACUCAGAAUAAGCAACUGUUUUAACGUCACAUUUUAACAUAUGAACUUCAUGCACUACAGUGGUAAUUGUUAUUACAAGACAAAUAGUAAAGCUUUCUUUAAACGACACAUAGGUAACUGAGGGUCUCUGAUGUUUUUACGUAGCAUAAGAAAUCACUUGUAGGAGUUUAAAAACGUUUUUGGUCAUUUCAUAACUCGGGGAAGUCCGAGGGGGACGUUACAAAUUGGCGCAAAACAAUAAACAGUGGUGUAACAUUGCUUAUUAUGAAAGUUUUAGUUUUAGCAUUUACCCCCGUACGACUAGCAACUUGAAAAUUAUAAUAUGUACACCCCAAUAGACAGACACAAUUAUAAAGGCUAUUUUAUAUGUGCAUUACGUGAGUCGUACCGAAGGUAAUGAACUUUUAUCUCGGGAGUAAUUAAUAAAUUAUCGACAAAGACGCACCUUGACAUAAGGAAGGCAGGACUCGUAUAGGUCCAGUAAGAGAAUCUCUCCAAUCUGGGCCGAACUAACUACAUGUUUCGGACCGUCAUCCGUUCCUGUAACUUCAUCUACCACAAAUACGAACUUCGACCUAGGGGAAUCCUGAGUCAGGAGUCGAGACAAUUUUGAUUAUUUUUUCGAAUAAUAAUAAAUUCAAUUUGCUGAUAAAUAGUUCUUUUUGUUUCCAUUCCGUAGAAUAAGCAAGAUCGCCUGUUCAAGCAGUUUUUUAGUAUAAGAGAAAAGGAACUUGGGGAUUUGAUUGCUAAAUUCGGGCAGGAAUUCAAGACGAGACUUGGAAGGAGGACAAUUCACUGUUCCUGAAUCGGGUUUUGAACGCGAUGCCUGCCCAAUAUUAAUGCUCGGGA